AUGGUAUAUGUUAUGUUGAACGAAAAACGGCUUUGGAAAGAGUUUGACAGUCAGUGCAACGAGAUGAUCAUCACUAAAAUUGGCAGGUACUUCAUUCGCUCACCUUUUAAGGCCAUAUAUCUCAGCUGUGGUUGGAGAUAUAAAAAACUUGUCAACAAAACAAUUGUUUAUCAAGAAAUUUUGUACAUUUUUUCAGUUGACCACUUAUUGAUACCUCGACCCACAGCCAAGAUAUAUGAGUUUGAAUAAAAGACAUUGGGGAGGGGGGUGAAGUUCUAUUACCAUUUAGUCAAAACUGUAUAUCUCAGCUGCCAGUGGAUAUUUCAAAAAGUUGUCAACUAAACAAUUGUUCAUCAAGACAUUUUGUACAUUUUUUCAGUUGACCACUUUUUGAUACCUUCACAAAUAGCCGAGUUACAUAGCUUUGAAUAAAUUGCACAGUUUUGACAGUUUUGAGCCAACCAUUCAGAGUGGCAGCUAGUCUAUUUCCAGAAAUCUCUUCCCAAUUCUCGAGUACACCUUUUUCGGACUUCAAAACGAGGUCAACUAUCAGGUGGGCAUUACAAUGCAACCGACAGGCCGUCACAAAUUGAAGUUCACCGCCGGGCACUGGGAUCCGUUGGAUGUGAUCGAGGAGAUGUUCCAGCCGAACGAGGUGUUCAUGGCGAAACCCGUGACAGGUUGGUGUUACGGUCCCGCUUGGAUGCGGUCCCUUAAAAACCAACAAAAAAAUGGCAAACUUUCAGGCCGAGAACUCAUGAAUCGUGGCCUUAAACUGGACAAGCUGAAAUUGACGAACACAAAAGAGGCGCUCGUGAAAAGUGACCAAAUGGUUAGUCGGCUAUUGUUUAACCACUUUUCCUUGUUCUCUUUUUUUUUUUGUUUUUCGUCCAUUAGCACAACACAUUAUCACCUCUAAUUACGGCGGAUCCAGCGAGCCGAGCAUAAUAUCCCGGAGGCCGUGACUUGUAGUGCGAAUAGCUCCGUCCAGAGGGACCAGAUGACUCUGGAACAUGUUUUUUUGGAUUUUUCACACUUGGAACUGUACUUUUGUAGUUGGUCACUUUUCUGUACAACCACUCCCGGAACUACUGUAGCUUUUGGAAGUUUGCAAUGGAAUACGCAUCACCUUAUAUAGCUCUAACUUCGAAAAGCUACAGUAUCCUUAGGAGUAGUUGUACACAAAAAUUGUCAAUUACAAAAUUAUAGUACAAAAUGUGCUCUUUAUUUUUGCAAUAGACAACUUUCGUGUACAACCACUCUUAAAGAUACUGUAGCUGUUCAAAGAUAGAGGCGCCAAAGAGCGGAGAGAAUUUCACUGCUAACUUCCAAGAGCUACAGUACUCCAGGGAGUGGUUGUAUAAAAAAGUUGUCAACUGGUAAAAUGAAGUUCCUAAUGUGAAGAUUUACCAAAAAAUUUUUUAGAGCUAAAAGAUGUUCUGGGACUGAGCUAUACACGUUCAAAGUAAGGACGUUGCAUUUCUUCAUUGAUUCAUUGUUCAUCACAGAACAGUCCUGCUAAUGCACCAUAUUUCCGAGUGUCCCAGAUCUAAGACAUCGCUAUUUUAUUUUUCUAAAGUCAACAAUAUCUGGUAGCACCCUGGUACGAAUGUAAAUCUCUUUCUUCUCCCCUACUUUCCCAAAAGCCAACCGCAUACCUAACCACCUGUUGUUUGCCCAUUGUUUCUGGGAAUUAACCGGCCGGCACCGUGCUGGUCCUGACGAAUCAUGACUUUUUUUUUACAGAUCCGUGUCCAAUCUAUGAGACAAUACGUGCCUGUGCUCAGUGUUUAUGAGCUCAUCGGAGACGCCAGGCGUAUCGGCACUUUUCAGUUUCAGGAGACCCGAUUUAUUGCCGUCACCGCCUAUCAGGUACGCGUUUUUUUUUUUUUUUGGGUACAUUGGGACCCCAGCCUUCCAAUAAAAAAUGUAAAAUUGGCGCAAUUCACAUGCGCUAAACAAGGCGCCUAACGCGUAAUUCCGGAGCGUCGUUGUAGAGUUUCUCAUUCAUUUCAAUUUUCCUUUUUUUUGCAUUAUCGCCAUCUUUUCAGAACCAAUCAGUGUCAAAACUGAUGAUAAUGAUUAGAAAUGAAUAAAAAAUGAAAUGUUAACUGCUUCGUCAUCAAUUUCGAAACGUUUUAUGUGAAAAUUACCGAAUUUUUUUCGUUUUGGAAUCGAAAAUUUGCCUCAAUUCUCUCAAUUCUGUAUGAUUUUCGACGGUUGAGCGCUUAAAAGAUGCGCAAUAAACUCCUUGUUGAGUGUCCGAACUCGUCUCGGCAAAUAAUCGUUAAAACUCGGUUUUUUUGAGUAGUUUUCGACAAAAUCCCUAAAUUUUGUCAAUUCUGAACGAAUCUGCUCCGUUUCGCGCUUAAAUCGAUGCUUUUAACUCAGAAAAUCGCGCUACGGUUUGCAAAGCGCAAAAUUUGAGUGUUUAUUUGGAGAAAAACGAAAGAAUUCUGGUUUUCGAUUGAAAAAAGAAACUCUCUUAAGUCGACGGUGGAUGCAAGCGCGCCCCAUUGACAACUCGCUUGCGCAUUGGAAUGCUGGGGUUGCGUGACCCGACGGGGACCGUCACGGCUUCAAAGCCAACAAUAGAAUGAAUUUGCAGAGUGAUAAAGUGAAAAACCUGAAAGUUCAACGCAACAAGUUCGCCCAGGGCUUCCGCGAAGGGACCAGGUCCUCGUCGGCCAAGCGUCCGACCUCGACGACUUCAUCCACGUCGCCCGACUCCACGAUGGACUCGUCUUCCGACAAUUCGGACGUCUCCGCGUCCGGACGGCACCUAAAACCCUCACAAUUCCCGAGCACCGAUCGAUUUUUGACGCCCGCCAACUUUGGCGCUCCAUUUCUGGGUCCAGAGGCGGCCGGUCCGUUCCCAACGCCGACGCAAUUGAUUCCGUUCCAAUUCGAUCCCAACUGGGCCAGCUAUUACCAUCAAAACCAUCAUCAAGUCGCGCAACAAUCGACAAGUUCUGGCCUCUCCGCGAUACAGUACGACUACAGUAAUCCGUUUGCCAACUAUCAUUGGCCCGGAUAG